UUCACGUCCCUCUUUUACUCGAUUGGCGCUGGAGGGACGUCCGGAUCCUCCCCCAAAUAGGAGCAUAAUCUCGCCUGUGCCUGAAUCCGGCCCCAGGAGCGCCAGGGGGGCAUGCAGAGGGCGAAAAAGGGGCGAAAAGCGCGAGCCCCGGCCGAGCGUAACGGUCCUCCCAGCAUGCCUUUCACUUUCAAACAUGGCGGACAUCUACAAACUGGGGGACCUCGUUUGGGCCAAGAUGAAGGGCUUCUCCCCCUGGCCGGGAAAGAUAAUACCAGCCAGGGAAAAUGUCAAGAAACCAAGCAAGAAGAACUGCCACUUUAUAUACUUCUUUGGAAGCGAAAACUAUGCCUGGAUAGAGUCGGCUAACGUGAAGCCCUAUUUCCAAUACAAGAAUCGUCUCAUGAACGCCAACAAAACUGCUCCCUUCAAGGAUGCAGUUGGAGCCAUUGAGAAGUACAUUAGCGAAAACAAUAUUGCGAUCCCAGAGAUCGAAGAAGGAACAAAUGACACAAACCACGCAGAAGUUGUCACCACGCCAUCCAAAGAGAAAAAGGUUAAGGUUACGCCAAAGAGGAGACCAAACAGUGACUCGAGCAGCGUCAGUGGGAGUGGGAGCGUCAAGCGGAGCAAGACAGAGGCGAGACUGGCCGACUCCCAGCUGUCGUCGCCCGGCACACACAACUCCAAGGCCCGAGUGUCAGCCCUUCUCAACAGACCCGUACACAUUGAGAGACCGGAAACUCCACCCCUGGACGUGGGCAGCGUCAGCCAGACUUUGAAAGACAAGAAGAUCGAGCCGUCAGGCCUCAAGUUCGGUUUCCUGGGGCUCGGCAUUAUCGGCUCGGGGAUUGUCAAGAACCUCCUUAACAGCGGCCACAGUGUCAUGGUGUGGAACAGAUCUUCAGAGAAGGUAAGAUGCCCCAGUUCCUAUUUUUUUGGCGUCUAAAAAUUAUGACUUUGGCCUUGUGUCCCGUUCGUUUUUUCU